UUGAGUCGUGAACUCCACAAGCCCUCGUUGUACAUGGUAAAAAGGAUUCCCGAUUGGGGUCAGUAACACCGUUCACCUCCUUCUCGACAUAGUGCCAUGUAGAGAAUGAUCUCUUUUUGCUGUGGAUUGAGUACAAUGUAAAGGAGAUCUUCUUACACAGCUCAGUUAAGCUUCUUGGCUUGGGGUAGGUUUGGGGAAGCACAACGGUCUUUGUUAUAUAUACUACGCUAGCGCCCUCAGUCCUCUCGUUAGAUACGUCUCUAAGCACCGAUCAAUCGUAAUGGCCACUCAGAUUCGACUUGCUGCGGCCCACGUCGCCCCCAUCUUUCUCUCAGCUCAUGAAACAACCCACAAAGCAAUCCGCUUGAUCGAACAGGCCGCUAGAAACAAGGCAAACCUCAUCGCGUUUCCGGAGUCUUUCAUAUCUGCAUUUCCCAUCUGGAGUGCCCUGCGCCCGCCGACCGAGAACCAUGACCUCUUCCAGCGGAUGGUCCGGGAAUCCGUCCACGCAGACGGGGAGGAGAUACAGGCUGUCCGCGCUACCGCGAGGAAGUGCAACAUCAUAAUCAGUCUUGGCUUUUCGGAGAAGGCCCGCACGAGUAGUGCAACAUUAUUUAACUCAAAUAUAAUCAUCGACAAUGAGGGAGAUGUUCUCGUCCAUCACCGGAAGCUUGUGCCGACCUUUUUUGAGAAGCUGACUUGGUCGCCGGGAGAUGGCUACGGAUUGCGAGUUGCGGAUACGAAGUUUGGGAAGAUUGGGGCUCUUAUCUGUGGGGAGAACACCAAUCCCCUGGCGCGGUAUGCUCUUAUCGCCCAGGGCGAGCAGAUCCAUAUCUCGACCUGGCCAGCCAUAUGGCCGACCCGGUCGCCAUCGCAGUCCGGCAUGGAAGAGUCCGAUCCACAGCCCGGCGCGACAGAAAGGCCAAACUAUGACAAUACCGCCGCGAACAGAAUCCGCGCUUCAGCCCAUUGCUUCGAAGCGAAAUGCUUCGGGAUUCUCUGCGCCGGGGUGUUGGGACGCGAUGCGAUUAAUAUCAUUGCGUCUAGUACAUCUACUCUCAAACAGUCCAUGGAGCAAUCCCAGCGAGCAGCGACUAUGUUUCUCGACCCGACUGGGGCACCGAUACGGGGGUUUGUGAUAGACGAAGCUACUUCAGCUUCCCAUCCGGCCGAUUUCCUCCAGGCUCAGGAAGGGGUCCUGUACGCUGACGUUGAUUUGGAUGACUGUAUCGAAGGCAAACAAUACCAUGAUACCGCGGGUGGCUACCAGCGGAUGGACGUCUUCGGUCUCCAAGUAAAUCGGACCCGUCAACAACCAGUAAGAUUUACUCGCGUACUUGAUUAGGAGACAGACUGGGAAAUCCAAUGACAGUCGAGGGUAGCUUUGGUCAGCAUGUGGCAGGCCUUUAUUGUCACAAUCUGAUUCGAUAGUCAAUAAACACGCAAAUACCGUUGUCAUUUAUUCACAUUAUCUCUAUGUUUCAAAGGCGUAGCUAGCAUUAGUCCCCUAAUUCCAAAGCCGGGCGCAUAU